AUGACAAAAAAAGAUGGAGGUGAAUACAAAGCUAAAACCGUUAAACAGGCUAUCAAUGGAAUAAAUAGAUAUAUUAGCAAAACCGGUGCAAUUCGUGGUCUUAAUUUACAUGACAAGUAUCAAUUUCCAGAUUUAUAUGAUAUUUUAAAUGGUAAAAUGAAAGAUUUACAGGAAAGAGGAUUUGGUGAAAAGGAAAGAUCUAUAGCUUUAACAGCGCAGCAAUUACCACCCGAUUUAUCAGAUAUUCCUGGACCUGUUAGUGAUUUUACCAAAUAUAUUUCCAAACAUCCACUAGGUGCUUCUGAUAAUUUCUAUUUGCAACCAAACCCAAAUUGGCGUGAUACUAAUAUUUGGUAUCUUAAAACUCAUUGUGAUUUGAAUCGAGUUGGAAAUUUUAUGAGAGAUAUAGGGCAAAAAGUUAAAGAUGCUGAUAUACCAGAGGAUGUCAUUAUGAAUAUUACAAGACACAGAAGUUCACAAGGAUUAUGUGUAUAUAAAACUGUUAAUGAAAAUCAAAAAGUCAAUACAAUGAAAACUUUAAUCAAUACUAUGGAACCGGCAUCAAAUACAAAUAUGAUAAGCCAAGAAUCACCUACAGUACUUACCAAAAUUACUGGAUCUCAGAUUAAUUUCAAUACAAAUACAGUCACUACGCAAGAUAUUAAUAUA